AGCACUGAAUUGUCGAGAAGGAAAGAAAAGAAAAGAGGAGAUGAGCAGGACGGACGACAAAGACGAUAUGCAAGAUUGGUGGUGCAUUUCUUCAACAUGAUUUACGCGAUCUUGCGCACAGAACUUAAUUCUCGGGAAGGAAAGAAGUUAGGAGUGAGCGGGACGGAUAACAAAGAUGAGAGGCGAGAUCCGUGAUGCAUUUCUUCAACAUGGGUUUAUACAGUCUCGCGCAAAGGUUUAUCUUUCUUUUGUUGGUUGGUACUAGUAUCUAAUUUUAAUUUGGUCCAACAUCAAUUAGGUAUGAUUUUGAUUUUCUUUUGGCGCCAAACGUGAUUGCAUUUUUGGCGAGCACUGAAUUCUCGGAAGCACUAAAUUCUUGGGGGAAAGAAAGAAAAUAAAAGAGUAGAUACAGAGAGAGCGGAAGGGACAACAAAGAUGAGAGGCGAGAUCGGUGGUGCAUUUCUUCAGCAUGAUUUAUACAAUCUUGUGCACAGGUCCGUGGGAAUUUAGUAAAGACGCAAGAGUAUAACUCUUUCACCCUAAGGGGCCAAACCUCACAAAACCAGCUGGGUUUGGCACAUGCUAAGAGUGCUGAGGAAGCAAAGUAGAGGAGGGCAUGCCAGCCAAGAAGAGUGUUAAUUAAGGAAGGAAUGCAGAAUGCGGCAGGCACGCUCGGGCUCUACGUCCUAUCAGUGUAAAACUAAAAGUUUACGUGAAUGAAUAGAAAUUAAUGAGGCUCUCCCUUCCCUCUACACUUGUAUGUCGCCUACAUCACUUCCUCUUUCAAUUCAUACUUCCUAUGAUUCAUCCCUCACUUGCAUUACUCCUCCUCCUCCUCCUCCUCACCUCUCCAUCACUUCUGACUUAUCACUCCUAUCUUCUUCUUCUUCUUCCAGCAAAGCAUUCAACCGCCGCACGUAUAAAUACUUUGAGAUACUCUUGAUUCAAUCGUAAUAGCUACUUCUCUCUGUCUACGUCUGCGUUUCGACAGAAAGUUACCGUAUGUCUAUAUCUCCUCCACCGCCUCCUCCGUCGCUAACCGACAUUGGAGGAGAAGCUACAUUCAUGGAUAACAACAGAGACCAACACACUUCGCACUCUUCUUUCUCAAUGGACAACCUCAAGCCAAGUAUUCUCAUCAUCGUCAUCAUCCUCUCCAUUACUUUUCUCGUCUCCGUCUCUCUCUGUCUCCUCCUCCGUCAUCUCAACCGUCGUUGUCUCCGUCAUCUCUCUCCUUCUUCCCUCACCUCCUCCCAACCUGUUGCAGUACCUUCCGCCGAUUCCCGCCGUCACUCCAGCCGACGCGUGUCUCCUGAAACUCUUCCGUCCUCUCUCCUUGACUCUCUUCCUCUUUUUACCUUCUCCUCCGUUACCCGGCGGUCGACUAGCUCGUCUGAUAUCUCCGGCGAUUGCGCUGUUUGUUUGUGCAAGUUUGAGCCGCACGAUCAGCUCCGUCUCCUGCCUCUUUGUUGUCAUGCUUUCCACGCUCAUUGUAUUGAUACCUGGCUUCUUUCUAACCAGACUUGUCCUCUCUGUCGCUCUCCUCUGUACGCCUCUGAUUCCGAUCUCAUGAAGGCCCUCCUUGCUUCCUCUUCAUCUCAUGCUGCUACGGUCGGCACCGGUGCUCCUCUUGGUAGUAGCGGUGACAACAGUUUUCGCCUCGAGAUCGGCUCGGUCAGCCGCCGGCAAGCCGCGUCGGAUUCCCGCGAGCAAAGGUCUUACUCCAUCGGAUCAUUCGAUUACGUAGUGGAUGAAGAAUCGGAGGUUGCUAUGAGCAAUGCACAUCAAAGAAGCAUUUCGGAAAAGGAAGAUGUUGUCGGAGGAACGGAGGCGGCUCAGCCGCAAUCAAUUCUGGCGGCCGAUGUCGGAACUAAUUCAAGGAGUUGGCUCAAGGAAUACGUUGACCGACUCUCUGCCAGUCUAUCAUCCCGAGCAGUCUCGUUCCGUAGUUCCGGAAGAUUCUUCACCGGAAGCAGUCGCCGGAGUGAGAUAUUGUCCGCCGGAGAGUUGGAACUAGAGCCUAAUCGCGUAGGGGAAGAGAUAAGCGAGCUAUUUCGGUGGUUCUCCGGGGUAUAAAUGGUAAAUACUCAAACGCCAAUUCUGAUUCCUAUUUGUAGAGAUCCAUAUAUGGAUGCUAUAUGUAGAUAAUGAUAAAGAAGGGAAACCGGGAAAGUCAUUUAUUAUCUCUCUCCCUUCCCUCGACUAAAAAUUGCCUCCACGUUACGCCAGUGGAUCAUAACGAAAAAUUAGCCUUUUCAGGAUCAGACGGUUAAGGAAAUUUUUGCAGAAAUCUGAGGUACUAAGAAAAAACUCGAAUUAAUGUGAGUUCUGUAAUUGUUUCAUUUUUAUUUUUUAAAA